UUGAUUGGCGUAGCCUGGUCUAUAGGACUGUUCGCUGCAGCAUUGAAGUUUAUACUGGACGACGUGUCUCAAGAACUACGGGGAAAGACAUAUGGUAUCAUCGUGUUCUCAGCUUUCUUCGCYAUACCACUGACCAUUAUCUUAGUGACGUAUUCUAUCAUCUUCAAAAUAGCAAGUGCGCAUGCUCGUGGAAGAGGUAUCCGGUCUUUCAGAAAGGACUUGCGUAUUGCCACCACAGUUGCAGUUGUGAUUGGUUGCUUUACCAUCAACUGGCUACCAUUCUUUUCAUUAAACUUUUUCUUCUCGUUCUGCCGACAUCGCAGCUUAAAGCUUUGCAUGAGCGUCGAUCCGACAUGGGGCUACAUCACAAAAUUCAUGCAAUACGGCAAUUCGUUAUGCAAUCCUUUGAUCUAUGGGUUUCGUAAUAAAGACUUCAAGGCUGCUUUCAAAAAGAUCAUUUAUAAACUACUUUGCAAAGACGUUCCGGUCAGCACAUUCACUCAAAGUACAUACACAACACGACAUACUAAACGGAUGAUUCGCACCGACUCGAGUUAUGAAGACUCUGUAAUCUACCCUGACCAAAUCGUGCCACCUGGCAUGUACGAUAUGAGAAACAGCUACCGUAGCGCAAUCUCUCGAGGUGCGCGUAAAAAGCCCGCCAAAAACAAACAAGAGCGAAAGGGUCUAGCACAAGGGUURAUGUCUUUGAACGUCCAAACAUUUAGCAUGAUAACUGAUGAUGUCACSCCAAGUACCAGCCAAUUAGCUUCGUCUUCUUCUGCCAAAACACCAGACGACCAACAAGAGGAUGUUAAUUGUAACACCGCUGACAUCAAUGAUUCYAAGUGUGGUGUCCAGUCUUUAGAAAAUGAUAGGGAAUCACGUGAUAAGUCACCUGACAGAAGAGAGCRAAAUGAACCUACUAAAGASGYAAUUAAAAGUAAGGAUCAUUUAGAAGGGAAAAGCACCGGCUCUCGAGUCCGUUUCGAUGUYAGCAAUGGAGUUGUCAAUGGUGGACUUCAUAACGAAGAGGAACCGAAAGAGAAUACUGACAAUYUAUCGRUUUCUGUCGAUAAAGAGCGCUCACAUUCAGUGAUGGCKUCCAAUUCUCCGAAAAAUAUCGAAAGGAAAAUUGAUCGACGAAGUUUGACUUUCACCUGACCAAUGAUGAYGAGAUUAAGUCAAAAAUGAGGUAUUUGAUGAAAUUACGCCAUCAACAUCAUCAAAUAAAGGUGAUGUUUGAGAUGACCAUAUARGGGGAUGACUAUAUUUGGCGGGGAYUACCAAAUAUGACGAUCUCAUACCAAUGUUGAUGCUUUAUAUAUACGAUAUAUGUAAGUUUAUACACUAGACCAUGGGGCAUUCUUGACACUUUUGUCGAUAUUUCCAUCAUACAUGAGUUGUUUGUGUUUUAUAAGAACUCUUAGUUUUUUAUGUGAAUCGCUUUUUCGAAAAUUUCAAUCUAGCAUUUAUGCCUUUAGUGUAUGAGUUCCCCGAAAUGAUGUACAUUACACGUUACGUAUGUCGCUCGCGUUACGUUAUAAGUACGUCCUUCACGUUUGA